AUUGCCUUGCCCAUCGUGGCAUUUGCGAUCCGUUAUGGGCUCCAGCACUCUUCAUAGAGCUGAGAAUAGGGGAGAUAGAUGGCAGAUCGGGUUUUUGGUGUCUCCUUGUAUAUCGUUAUCUUUUUCUUUAUAAUUUCUAAAGCUCAUCGUAGUCGCAAGUAUUUUUAACGAACAUGUAUUAUGGCCGCAGCUCCAGACUCAAGAUGCUUUUUGUCUCGUCAUUGUGGAUAUGCAUGUGCGUGGAUAUCUUUUUCGGAGAAAGCGCAAUUGAAAGUGCAAUUGGAAGAGCGACUGCAAUCAUGUGCAAAUCGGACGAAAUAACCGUGGGCACAUAUCAUUCGGGAGCCAGGGUUCCAGGUUUCAUUCUGAGGAUGAUCAUUCCACUCAUUUCAUUCUUCUCGCAAGUGUUAUCUAAUGCCAAUUGCCGAGGAAUUUUGCAUGGUUCUUUUAUUGGAAACGAAAGAAAAGUGGCGAAAGAAGGCGCUCUCUGGGCAUGGGCUGAAUCGCUGGAUGAAUAUUCUCCCCUGCACUUGCCUAGCAAGAGCACAAUCGUACCGUUUGGGCAAGGCCCACUUCUCACUUUUUCUCACUUCCUCGCCUUCACCUUACCACCCAAAAGGCAUUCCACUUCCUUUUGUAUCUCAUCGUCGUUGUUAAAGAAAAAAAACAGCGGUUUUCCAGCAGAAGAACAACGGAGAAAAUGACAACGACCUUUAAGGACCUUGAAGGCGUUGUAGGUGACACGAUGGAACCAUGCACAGGCCCAGGCCCUGACUCAGGCUCAAACUCAGGCACAGGCACAGGCACGAACUCGAAUGAAAACACAGCGCCCACUACUGCUCCAGCACAAGAAUCUGAUGAUGCACAUCAGCACUGUAGGAGACAAA